AUGUCUUUUCUCUGGGGCUGGUUCAAUGGAAUGCUCAAUUUUCUGGGUAAGCAAAACAAUUAGGAAAUUAACCUCCAUAAUUGAGAAAUUUACAGGACUGUCCAAUAAAAAAGGGAAACUGGUGUUCUUGGGACUCGAUAACGCUGGAAAGACGACUCUGCUGCACAUGCUGAAGGACGAUCGACUCGCGCAGCACGUGCCGACGCUCCAUCCGAGUAAGAUCACAUGGAGGCUACAAUCACACUUGUAGUUACAUCACACUUCCAUCAAACCACACAUUUAUCAGACAUGCUAGUCAUUUUUGCCGCGUAAGAAAUUCUAUCCUUCCGCCAACCGGUUUCCUUGCAAAGCGGACACAUUCCCAUCUGCAAACAAUAUCCAUGUACUUUCAGCGUCAGAGCAGCUCGCACUUGGAGGAAUCUCGUUCACCACGUACGAUCUCGGUGGUCACGCUCAAGGUCCGUUGCUGUCUUAAUUUCACUGAAUUCGUGCCUUUUUCAGCUCGGCGUGUCUGGAAAGACUAUUUCCCUGCUGUUGACGCCGUCGUUUUCCUACUCGAUGUGGCUGAUGCUGAAAGGAUGCAAGAGAGCUGUGUGGAGCUCGAGUCGCUGCUCCAAGACGAGCAAAUUGCUAACGUACCCGUUCUUGUGCUCGGAAACAAAAUCGAUAAACCGGGAGCCGUGGGGGAAGAGCAGCUCAAGUGGCACAUGAACAUUCAGCACAUUUGCACAGGCAAAGGCCAGUUGUUCUCACAAUAUCUUCGUUAUUUCUCGCUCUUUCAGGUCAAGUAUCGCGCAACGAUUUUUCGACUCGCCCGUUGGAAGUGUUCAUGUGCUCGGUGCUCCAGAGACAAGGCUACGGAGAAGGCUUCCGCUGGCUCUCGCAAUACAUUUGA